AGGGACUACAAAUCCCAGCAGUCCCUGCACCCUGUUCUUCUGUAACUUAGACUCCAGUGUGCCGCGCAGUGUGCGCAAAUUCAUAAACCCUCCUUCAGCUUUGGGGUUUCUGAAUUCGGAGACUUGAAACUGUGCGGGAAGACCCCCUUAACUCUCAGAGGAGGAUGACAGCCCAGAGAGAGCUAACCUCUGUUUACAUGGAACUCAGAAAUCUCCUGCAAAUCAUGCCGCAGCUGCCGUAGGGAGCUCCUGAAGAGUAAAGCUCGGCCAAAGCGGUGAAUUCGAGCCCAGGAUGGUGAUGGCGAUGGCGAUGGCGAUGGUUUGGGCCCCAGCACUGCCUGGACUGCAUUCCUCUCUUCAGGCUCCUCUCCACCCCGCUCCUGGGCUACGACCCACCUCGAACCGUCUCUCCCAAGCCCAGGCCGCACUGGAGGUCUGAGGCUGCCAACGCCGCGGGGGGAACCUAGUGUGGGCGGAACUCGAGUGCAGCGGCGGGAGGCUUCCGGGGGAGCCGCAAGGGCAACGGGUCGGCGGAGGCAGAAAAGCGUCGGACGCCGGGCCGAUCAUGGACGCUUGACAACCUGCGGACAGGCGCCGGGAGGCCGAGCCAGCGACCGAGAGGACGGAGAGACGGCGAGGGCAGAUUUCAAGGCCAGAGAAUGGCAGGUGAACAGAAACCCUCAAGUAACCUCCUGGAACAGUUUAUUUUACUAGCCAAAGGUACCAGUGGCUCAGCCCUUACUGCUCUCAUAAGCCAGGUGUUGGAGGCUCCUGGAGUAUAUGUCUUUGGAGAACUGCUGGAGCUGGCCAACGUGCAGGAGCUUGCAGAAGGAGCUAAUGCUGCAUAUUUGCAGUUGCUGAAUCUGUUUGCCUAUGGAACAUACCCAGAUUACAUAGCCAACAAGGAGAGCCUGCCAGAACUGAGCACAGCUCAACAGAACAAGCUGAAACACCUUACCAUCGUGAGCUUGGCGUCGAGAAUGAAGUGUAUCCCCUACUCCGUGCUGCUGAGGGACCUGGAGAUGCGGAAUCUCCGGGAACUGGAAGACCUCAUCAUUGAGGCUGUGUACACUGACAUCAUCCAGGGGAAGCUGGACCAGCGAAACCAGCUGCUGGAAGUGGAUUUCUGCAUUGGCCGCGACAUCCGAAAGAAGGAUAUCAAUAAUAUUGUCAAGACCUUGCAUGAAUGGUGCGAUGGCUGCGAAGCGGUUCUGCUAGGCAUCGAACAGCAAGUUCUGCGAGCCAACCAGUACAAGGAGAACCACAGCCGAACUCAGCAGCAGGUAGAGGCGGAGGUUACCAACAUUAAGAAGACACUCAAAGCCACCGCGGCCUCCUCGGCUCAGGAGAUGGAGCAACAAUUGGCGGAACGGGAGUGUCCCCCUCACGCUGAGCAGAGGCAGCCCACCAAGAAGAUGUCCAAAGUGAAAGGUCUGGUCUCCAGCCGCCACUAGGGCCGGCUGGGGCAGCUGGUACUCACCAGGCCUGGGUCAGGUGGGGAGGGGACACCAAGGGCCUAUUUCCUCCCCUCUCUUAUCUUCCGUGAGUUCCAGACCUGCCCGUCCCCUCACCAGCGCCUCCCACUCUGUUGGUACUGUUCCAGAAGAACCGUUAAUCCUUUCCUCCCCCACUCCCUCCUCCCCCAGUUGUUCCUUCAGACUCAGGGGCUCCACUGAUGCCAUCCCAACAGGGUCAGACACUGCCCAGCUUCCCUCCAGGAGCUUCUUGUCUUUGUUUAAGGGCUUGUCUCCCUCCCAGUUUUUCUUUUGCUCCAUGUCAUUUUUGUCAGGCUGGUCAUAAGCCGGAGGCAGCUUUAGCCGGCCCACAGGGAUGACUGCGAAGGAGGCUGCUCUCUGAGUGAGGAGGAGGGUAUGCCUUCUCCAGCCCCAUGUACCACAGUACCCACACUGGUGCAGGUGAUCUCUAGCCAGGUAUCAAAUGCUUUGUUUUCCCUCUCCUGCCUUAUCCCUUGUUGGCAGCUCCGAUCAGGCCACGGAGGGAUGUGAUGCUGGGCUAUGUUUACUAAACCUGCGGGUUUUCAGCCUCUUAAGCCCAGCUCCAAUCUCUCAUUAGUCAGGAGCACUGGGUUGACUAACCUCUCGUAUCUGAGCACCCGUGGAGGGUGCUGUGGGUCUGCUGGGUGGCAGAAGUUUCUUCUGGUUUGGUGUUCUUUGCUGGCCAUGCUUCCUGCCCUGCUGCCCCCCGACUCCUCAGCCUGGUUUUCAGUGUGAAGGCCCCAGCUGCUGCCCGGAACUGUCUGCCGACACUUGCUGUCCUGAGACCCUUUAUCCCUCCCGGCGGUGUCCGAGCUGGGGACAGUCGUGCUGAGGGCCCUCUGUCUGCUGAAGGACCUGCUGCUGCUUCUGUCUCUCUCUUUCCACCCCUCCUUGGCUGAUGACCCAGAGCCCUCUGAUGAUGGCAUUCUCCUGGCAAGAGAAAAGGACUUGACUAGCCUUUCUGAACUUGAACAGUUUCAGGUUAUAUUUUAAUUUUUUUUUUUUUUUGUACAGGUUCUGAUUCUAAUACAUUUCAACAUGCUUUUUUUCCCCCUCGUGUCAAUAUUUGUUAAACUAAUCGCCGGUGAUUUUUCACCUGGUUGGAGGGUGGUGUGUGUGUUUGUGUGUGUGUGUGUGUGUGUGUGUGUGUGUGUUUUUUAAGGUGAGGUGGAGGUCCUGAACUGAUAAUUAAAGUUCAAUGAGAGAAAAAGCACAUUUUAGAACAAAAAAUAAAAGUGUAGAUUUAAUGUAUGUGACUGUGGAGUGCAGGGUUGUGUAGCUGGUGGAUCUGGAGGGUCUGGGAUUAGGGUGGUUCAGGGAGAAUGUGACACUCUUUCUGUUCCAUGGAUAAAAAAUGGGUUUCUCCUUUUUCCAAACUGUCCAGCAGGUGUUGACUGUGGAUUGAAUGUCAACAAAGUAUUGUUUCCCUUUUCACCCGGUCCGUGUGCCCAUAUAACCUUACGCUCAACUAGAGAGUUUAACUCCCAAAUUAUGUUUCAUGAAACCCCUUGACAGAUGCUCUGUGGAAAAGGGGUUCUGUUGUUAAAUAAAUUUCACACAUCCUACAUCCCACAUCCUCAUUGGAAAUUCAUUUUAAGGUCUCCGAAAAGGCCUGGGUGAGGAAGCCUAUUCCCACACUGAUUUCACCGCCAAAUUCUUCUUGUGGAACUAUCCACUAUCUAGUGGAACACACUUUGAGGACAUUUUUGGAAACAUUAUCUGUUUCUCAAAAACACCUCCCAGCCUUGUAGGUUUUUACAGCUGUACUUUCUAGACCUAAAACAGGCACUGUCACUCUUGGCAACUGGUUUUUCAUCCUUAUCUUUCGCACUGGGGAGCAGACUAGGAAGCCUGGCUUGACUUGUGUGAAAUGUGUGACCACUUGUUUGACUGCCCCAGGGCCCUGAGGAGCUUUAGGUUCAUCUUCUUUAUGGUUCUGCUGCUUGCUUCCUUAAAAAUAGUAAUGGCAGUACUAAGAACACAUUUGUGACGUGCUCUAUAAAGUGUCUUCAUGUAUAAUAAGCCACUGAAUCCCAUCCACUCAAAACAAUCUCCUCAGGCUGUAAGGGUUCUCACUUUACAUAUGAGAAAAGGGGAUUCAGAGACUCAAAGUACUCUGACUGUAAGUGCAAGCAGGCUCCUAGGUCUCCCGGCUCAUGCAUCCUGCCAUCUUCUCUGUGUUACAGUCUAAUUUAGUUGGGUCCCCCCAUGUGCUCGCUUAAGCAGUACAUAUACUAAAAUUAGUCUGCUCCCCAGAUGGGCCUUUGGCAUCCUUUUACCUGCUUGUUCCUCUGAGGGCUCAUCUUGCUUUUAACUGACACCCAACACACCACAGUCUCUGCUCCCCAAACCCACUUAGCCACUUUGUAAGGAAUCAGGGUGGAUGGGGCUGGGGCUCUAGGAAUUGUGGGGGCAGCUGGGAUGUUCAUUGCUCUGUUGGGUUCCCCAUCUGCCACGUUCUGAUGGCUGGGCUGUCUGAAAUAUGCAUAGGUGUUUUACUUCCAGUGUUCAGGAGAGGUGUCCUCAUCAAUAGGGCAACAUCUUAGGAAGGAGACACUGCAGCAUUAAGCAGCAUUAGCUAGGGAGCAGUGCCUCUAGCUGCCUUUUUUAAGCUGUUGGCUUCCUGAAGUCCUCUGGUCUUUACUGUCUGUCCAAAUGAGAGGCCUUCUGGUUCCUGCUUGGGUAACAUUAGGGAGGUAGUCAGAGCCCCGAGUAUAGGCUGUUCUUGUGUUUCAAAUCUGAGAUGGCCACUGCUAAUGGGAGGCUCUCCCCUUCACCCCAUACUUUUGAAUUACAGAAAAUGGGGGUGGUGACCAAAGAUUCUAAGAUGAUUAACAGCUUGUGAUAUACUACGUAUUUGCUGGUUUCUCUAUCUGAUGUGCUGGGUUGCUGGAAACCAAAUCAUGUUCCAGUUCUUAUAAUUAGAGUCAUUAUUCUAACAGCCUGAGACUUCAAACACUUUUGAAAUGCAGCAAUUGAUUGAUUUUUACUGGACCUGAGGGCUUGUCAUAUAUGUAUUUGAGUUUCAAGUAACAGCAUACUUUGAUCAUUCUGUGACCGUGCCUGUGUCUUCCUGGGCAUUCUGCAUACAGCCAUGAGCAUCUGAUCACUUCAGUAAGUCUUUUCUUGUAGUUAUGCUUGAGAUUUACAGAUUGAAAUCUAUUUUUUAUUAUAAAUUUCACUUUGCAUCUCCAUUACAUUACCCUGAGGACAUUAAAUGGAUCUUUUAAACUUAUGUUUGUUAGGCAGGUUAUCUAUGACUUGACCUCAGGACAGUAAAGGUGUUCAUUAUAUAAAGGGAAUGUUGGGUCUUUUCAGGAUAAGAACUGUUGUUCUUAGUUAAGGAUAAAACAAGGAAGUAAGUGAUGGAGAAGGGAAAGAUAGGGUGCGGCCCAACUCUUUUUGGGGUCAUUUAUGCCUGUCCUUUCAUUGCUUUUCCCUAGUCAGAGAUUCCUUUAGUUACU